GUUAUGCAAUAGCCAACAUAUUCCAGAAAGGGAAACCAAAGGAAUUUGAGAAUAAAGAGAAACAACAUUCCUCAACACAAGUUGUUUGCUUGAUUCUCUCUUCAUUUCCUAAAUAAUCUUCAUUUACAACCCAAGAGGCACUUCAAUAGACAUGGCUUCUGCAAGUAGGCUGGUGACAGACGAGGACUUUCUCUGUUCUAUUUGUUUGGAAGUGUUCACAGAUCCCGUGGCUCUUCCCUGCGGCCACGACUUCUGCCUAAAUUGCAUCACAAAACACUGGGAUACCAAAGGGACAUCUAGUUGCCCAUUGUGUAACAAGACAUUUACGGAGAGACCUUUGCUCUGCGUCAACACUCGGAUUGCUUCAAUAGCAGAAAAGUUUAAGGAGCCGCAGCAACCCGACAUAUCAGGAACAGGAUAUGUCCCCUGUAAUCACUGCGGGGCAAACAAUACAACCCCAGCCAUUAAGUCAUGCCUCACGUGUCUCGUUUCGUACUGUGCGACACACCUUGAGCCUCACCAAAGCAUCCCGGCGUUAAUGAGACACAGGCUGAUCCAGCCGGUGGAGGAUCUGGAGAGCAGGAUCUGUAAAAUCCAUCACCAGCUAUUGGAGUAUGUUUGCAGAAAUGGCCAACAAAUGUUGUGUUAUGCCUGUCUUCAUCGAAGGCACAAAAGCCAAAAUGCAGUCACGGUCGAGGUAUGGAUGAAAACAAAGCUGGACCAGCUGAAAGCGUCUCAAGAAAAGAUUGAUGAGAUGAUCCGACAGAGACAAGAGAAAAUUUAUGAUUUGCAAAACUCAGUACAGACCGGCAAAACAAAUGUAGAAAGGGCCAGGUCAGGCAACUGGAAGGCAAUGCAUGCGUCGAUAAGAUACAUUAAGAGAAGCUUUGCUGAGCUCCAGGAAGUGCUUGAGGAAAAGCAGAUGGCCUUAAAGGCACAUGCUGAAGGCUUGGUUAAGGAGAUCGAGAAGGAGAUCGUCCAGCUGACACAGAAAAAUACGAAGCUCCAGCAGCUCCAGCCCAACGACGACUGCAUCCAGUUCAUCAAAAGUGUCAGAAACGCCAACAUCCAUCCACUUGCGCUGACCAAGAACUGGGAUACGGAGAGUAUUGACUGUGAUUACAGCAAGGUAGAGGAAGCAGUGAAUCAACUGCAGAUGUCGGUGAUGAAGGAAGCGCAUAUUCUGUGUGAUCCGGACCUGCCAGCGAUGCAGCGGCACUCUGUGAAGGUCGUUUUAGACCCUGAGACUGCGCAUCAUUUAUUGUCUGUGUCUGAAGACGGCAAACAGGUUCAAUAUGGACGGUUUGGAUUCCCCUGGUUCCAACGGAGGGUUGACUGUGUGCUUAAUGUUUUGGCAAAAGAGGGUUUCAAUGCAAAUACAUUUUACCAUGAAGUCCAGGUUAAAGGCAAGACCGAGUGGGAUUUAGGGGUUGCAAGUGAGUCUAUUAACAGGAAGGAGGAAAUCAGGUUGAGUCCGCACAAUGGAUACUGGACCAUUUGUCUCAGAAAGGGAAAUGAAUACACUGCUAACGCAGGGCCCGCCGUUGUCCUGAACCCCAGGAAGAAGCCCCAGAAGAUCGGCAUUUUUGUUAAUUAUGAAGUGGGUCUCGUUGCCUUUUAUGAUGUUGAGGAGAGUGUUGAGAUCCACGCCUUCACAGGGUGCACCUUCACUGAGAAGCUCUUCCCUUUCUUCAGCCCAGGCACUGAUGUGGACGGCAAUGAAGCCCCCUUAAUCAUAACUCCUGUCAUCGUUAAACAAAGGGAUCACAGCUGGAGUGACGAGGAGUACGAUGACCAUGACGAAGACUGGGACGAUGAAUGAUCUUGAAAUUCCAAAUCAAUGAAUGAUUUACGUAUUAAAUACAUUAUUUUUCCCUACAUUAGGUAGCGGUAACUUUAAAGAAUUAUUGUUUAAUUUCAUGGUUUUUAAGGAUUUAAAUGUUUUGGGUCAACUAACGCUUAGUGGUAAACAUCUGAUAGGAGCCAGCAUAUCUUCUAAUGCAAAUAUCUUCUUUCUCUAUGGGUGUGGCAGGAGACAGGCCAUACACCUAACACUGAAAUAUUGCCCAUGACCUUUUGUUGCGAAGUAGGAACAUAGCUUGCGGUGACCCUUAAUUUCAGUGGGGCAGAAACUACUGGCGUAUGACCACACCCACUAUUUGUUUUUGUAAUAUGUAUAUAUUAUAUACAUCUAUAAUAUUGUAUGAUACAUUUAUAUAUAUAUGCUUCACAUCACUCGCAUCCUUGGUCCAUAUAUCCCCUUGUCCUGUGCACACACUUGCUCAAAAAAGUAUACAUGGGAAACAAAACCCUGUACCUCGUAAAAAUCAAUUCUUUGUAUUUUAUUUUAAACUGGUUAAUGUUUGGGCAUUCCUUGAUCUCCCCACUCAAACUGUUACAUAGUCUUAAACCACAUAUUGAAAUACAAAACAUUUUCCUGGUCGUACGACGCAAUUCACUUUGAAAUUAAAUUUUCCCCUCAAAUUAUAACCCCCCUCACGAUCACUGAAUAUUUCUUGUAUGUUUAAGGGUAAUAUGUUGAUUUUAGCCUUAAACAUUAGCUGAGUGGUUUGAAAUUCCACCAGAUCUCUGAAUUUUAAUAAUUUUGACUGGAUGAAUAAUGGGUUAGUUUGAUCCAGAUCUCACACUAUGAAUAGUGCGAAUUGCUUUUUUUUGGAAAAUAGUAAGUGAAUGUAAUGAAGUUUUGUACAUGUUGCCCCAGACUUCCGUACAGUAACUGAGGCAUGGUAUGACUAGUGAACAGUAGAGAAUACGGAGGGAUUUUUGAUCUAGAACCUGUUUAACUUUGUUUAUUACAUAAAUGCUUCUUGAUAGUUUUGAUUGUACGUGUGUAAUGUGUGAUUUCCAAGACGAAUCUGUCGUCUAUUAUAAUCCCAAGAAAUGUAUUUUCGUAAACUCUUUCAAUUUCAACUCUUUCAACUGUCAUCAGCAAACAAAACCAACCUCAAGACAUUGGAAACUAUACAAAUAUCUUUGAUAUACAAGAUGAACAGUUUAGGACCCAACACUGACCCCUGGGGAACGCCACAAGCAAUGUCCAAAUAUGUUGAAGAACAAUUCCCCAACUUAACAAACUGUUGCCUUUUGCUCAAAUAGCUUUUAACCCAAUCCAAUACUAUCCCCCUUAUUCCAUACCUUUCCAAUUUAUUGAAUAAAAUGUCAUGAUUGAUUGUAUGGAAAGCUUUUCUGAUAUCAAUAAACACCCCUACUGCAUGUUUUUUCUGUUCAAUGGCGUUUGUUAUUUCCUCAACUGAUUCCAUUACUGCAAGUGAUGUUGAUCUGUUGGUUCUGAAUCCAUAUUGACUGUCAUUAAUUAAUUUGUGCUUUUCUAAGAAUGUGUCUAGUCUAUUUUUGAAGAUUUUUUCUAAUAUUUUGGAGAAUUGUGGAAGUAGAGACUGGUCUGUAGUUGGCGAAGUGAUGCUUGUUCCCAGUUUUGUACAGUGU